AAAAUUUAAUACUAAUCCACUUCUGAAGGGGCCAAAGGAACUUUUCCCCUCAUCCUUUCUUUCCUUCCUUCCUUCUUUGUUUCUUAUCACAGCUUUUUCGGGUCUAUCAGAAAACCAACGACACCAGAUCUGCUCCUUCCUUUUUCCUUUCCCUAAAAAUGCCCUCAGAUCAGAUCGUACUACUACUGUUUCCGUGUCUCUGCUUCCAUACGUCGCCGUUUUGAGGAAUCUAAAAACAGGACAGACUCAGAUCUGCUAACGUAAUUAUAAUUUUUCACGUCAGGGAAAAAAAUUAGCAAAUUCCGAAUAUUUUCUGUAAAGGGAAGGAAAAAAAAGAGAAAUUUGAAUUUAAUUAAAAAAAAAAGUCAAACGAUGGAUUUGGAUGAAUUUCGGGUGGUAUUAUCGAAAUCGAAAGUCGAUGUAUGGUCGUUGAUUGAGGCGGCGAUUACGGUGGCGGGGAUAGACUACAGCGAGGAGUUGAAGGAUCGGCGGGAUAAAAUCGUCGAGAAGCUUUACUUUCCGAGCCCCUCCGGUCAAGUUUGCCGGAACUGCCACUCGAACGACGUCGGGGACGAUUAUCUUCAGCCACCGAGCCAGAAGCAGCACCAGCAGCAGCAGGAAAAGGAAAAGGACAAAGAGCAAAAUCGGAAUCAAAGUCAUCGGAGUAGUAGUAGUAAUAGUAAGAGUCCGUUGACUCCGGAAUCGAGUCAUGGAAACGAUGAAAAUGAAGAUGAAGAUAAUGAGAUCGAUCCUUACGGAGGAUUAUUCGACGAUGAGCAGACGAAAAUUGUCAAAGUUCGAGAACUGCUCGAAGAUCCAGACCAGAGUGAAGAAAGUGUGGUUGAGUUAUUGCAAACUUUAGUGGAUAUGGAUAUUACUUUCACAGCUCUUCAGGAAACUGACAUAGGGAGAGUUGUGAGUGGAUUCCGGAAACAACAUCCUUCUAAUGAAGUUCGAAAAUUAGCAAAGUUACUCGUCAGAAAUUGGAAGGAAACUGUAGAUGAAUGGGUGAGGUUGAAUCAGCCUGAUCAAGGAUCAGUAGCCCUCAUUGCUGAUGGUGAUUCACCUCAACAAAAUAUUCAACCAAAAACUCAGCAAAAUGGUCAUCAUCAGGGGUCUGAAUUUGGGUAUUCUCCAAACCCGCGAAAUGGGGGUUCUAGUUCAGAAAAGAAUUACUCCGAACCACAGACAAAGCCAAAACCGGCUCCUCCAAGAGAAGCUUCAUCAAGACCACCACAAUCAGUUCACAAAUCUGCUUCUGCCCCUCCUCCAAGUAGAUCAAAGGAACCAACCAUAGAUCUUGAAAAGCUAAAUUCAGCAAGAAGGCGGCUGCAUGAGAAUUACCAAGAAGCUGAAAAUGCCAAAAAGCAAAGGACAAUACAAGUGAUGGAUAUCCAUGAGUUGCCAAAACCAAAGAAUGCCUUCUUUGGCAAGAACAAAGGCGGCUUUCAGGGGAGGCAUCAUCGCUGAUUUGUCAGUUAAUGUUGGAACAAGAAAUUGCGAGACCUCCCGCUUUCCUCCUGUUGUUGUGAAAUCUAAUGGGGUUUUGCCAAAAAGUGGCUAAAUCCGUUCUGCAUUUUUAUCACCACUAAACCAAGACAAUAUUUUUGAUUACCACUACUAGUCUUAUUUACUAUCUUGGUAUAUAACUAAAGAGUAAUAGCAACUCAUAGGGUGCUGCUUGCUCUCCUAAAUCUGUGCAUAAAUUUUUAUUCACAAAAAACAAAGGAAAAGCUAUGACUAUUUUUCUAACUAUUCUCUUGAUUUUUCAUGGUUUUGAAAACAUUUUUUUGAAGUUUGGCAAAUGAAAUUAACUCCUUUUGAUAUUUUUUUUCCUCAAAAAAGUUAUUUUUAUUUGCUAUUCCACUACUAUACGGUCUCUCUGUUCCAAAUUAUUCAUGACAUUUUAGGAUUUUUAACUUUAUUUUGAAGAAUAGAGGUUUGACGGUGAUAUUAGUGAAUUUGUUUUUAAAUUUACACUCAAAAAUUCAAAUUUCAAAAUUGAAUUCAGCUUGAAAUAUAGAUAAAGGUGGAGAUAACAUUGAAAGAAGAAAUUGAAAGCGGUAAGAUAAACAUUUUGGAACAUCUCAAAAUGAAAAAUAUGACACAUUUGAAUGGUUUAUUAGUUGAAAUCUUACCCGUUAUGGUAUUCAAAUGGAUGGUUAGGAAAUUUUAAAGUUAGUUUAUUUUAGGUACAUUUUGGAAGGAACAGCGAAAGACAAUAAUGUUUAUAUUGCAUCUAGUGAAUCAAUUACCAAAAUAUGUUUCCUCUUUGUACAAAAAAAAUUAUAAAGUUGUAAUACAUUUACUGCCUAA